UAUCCUAUCCGAGAUGAGUUCCCAACUCUUCCACACCCUUGCUAGUAAAUGUGCUAACUAUGACACUCUUCCUCCGAACUCAAUAUAUACUCCCCUCGAGAAGAACAUUUCCAAGACCAAUAGAAAUCCUCAACCGACAACGGCCUCUGAUCUAAUACAACUAAUAACACACUAAAACUUGUUCCAAAACAAAAAGCAUUCGCCUCCACCUCAAAUAAUCCCACACCCACACUCCAUCUACCUAGGUUCCCACCUGACCUACCACCUCAAAUUUAUGGAUGGAAACCUGAAAAACCCUAGGAGACCUAAUCCUAAAGGUGUAUCUCUUACCCAAACAUCAUCCUAGAAGGAAGUCGAGCAUCCAUCCCUCAACAACUUAACCACUCCAUCUGAAAACCAAUAUGAGCUAGAAUCCAUCUCGUAACCUAAAAGAGAAAUACCUCUACACCAAGGAAAGUAUUGGGAUUAUUGUGAUAUUAUUGUUAUUUAUUUCAGAUUAAUGUGGUGCUACUGAGUGUUGCAGUUACCUUAUAUUUAGGAGUAGCUUGAUUAUAGUUGUGAUUAAUGGCUGGAAUCCCUAAGGCUUGUAGAUAUGUAACAGUCUGUAACAGUUGAUUAUAAUGUGUAUAUAUAUAUAGUGGUCCUGAUGAAUGAAGGGAGACACACAAUUCAAAGAAUUCUAUUGUGGUGAAAUUUAUCAUGGUAUCACGAGCUAGCAAAUAUCCUAGGGAAAAUUAAUCACAUUUUUUUUUCUCAUACCAGAUCAGGCACCAUAAGAGAUUAUGGGUGAGAACAGUGGUGAUGGCGGGAAGAAAGUUGACGACAACAAUAGUAACAGCGAGAAGAAGGUGGACUUGGUUUUUUUUCUCGGCUCUAAUGACAAUCCCGGCAACGUGAUUACACCAAUACAAUUGCGUGGUCUGAAUUAUGAUGAAUGGUCAAGGGCAAUUCGAACCUCGUUGCAAGCAAAGAGAAAAUACGGUUUUGUGGAAGGGAAAAUCCCAAAACCAACGACACCUGAGAAAUUGGAGGACUGGAAAGCAGUGCAGUCGAUGCUCAUAGCGUGGUUGCUCAACACUAUCGAGCCAUCACUGCGCUCUACUCUUUCUUAUUAUGAUGAUGCAGAAUCAUUGUGGACACAUCUUAAGCAGCGCUUUUGCGUUGUGAAUGGGGCUCGUAUAUGUCAAUUAAAGGCAUCGCUAGGAGAAUGCAAGCAAGGCAAAGGUGAAGAGGUGUCGGCCUACUUUGGCCGUCUGUCUCGUAUAUGGGACGAACUUGUGACUUAUGUCAAAAAGCCAACAUGCAAAUGUGAAGGUUGCAUCUGUGAUAUCAACAAACAAGUCACUGAUUUGAGUGCUGAAGACUAUCUGCAUCAUUUUCUUAUGGGCCUUGAUGGGGCUUAUGCAAUAAUUCGAUCAAAUUUGCUUUCUCAAGAUCCGUUACCAAACAUUGAUCAAGCAUAUCAGCGAGUCAUACAGGAUGAGAGGUUGCGGCAAGGAGAAUAUUCAAUUCAACAGAACCGUGAUAAUGUCAUGGCUUUUAAAGUUGCUCCCGAUACACGAGGUAAAUCUAAACUUGUGGACAAUUCUGACAAAUUCUGUACUCACUGCAACAGAGAAGGACACGACGAACGCACAUGUUUUCAGAUUCAUGGAUUCCCUGAGUGGUGGGGAGAUCGUCCUCGUGGUGGUCGUGGAUCGGGUCGUGGCGGAGCGACAACAGGGAGAGACACAACAGGCCGUUCUGGAGGACGUGGCAGGGGCACCUAUAACGCACCUGCACGAGCCAACAAAGCCACGACAAGUAGCCGUAGUAUUGGUGGUAAUAGUGGACAGUCUCAUGCACCACCACACUCAAGUGAGGCAGCAGGUAUAUCAGGCAUUACUCCGGCGCAAUGGCAACAAAUUCUUGACGCUUUGAAUAUUUCCAAAACCAAGGAUCGCCUGCACGGACCGGACGACGAGGACGUUGAUUGGAGCAGGUGAACGGAUCGAUGGACUUUACUUUUUUCGGGGUGUUCCGAAGGUGCAUGCCUUGAUGGUGGAAGGGGAUUCAACAAUGGAUUUAUGGCAUAAACGUUUGGGUCAUCCGUCAGAAAAGGUGUUAAAGUUCAU